AUGGCUGCUAAGUUUACCAUCGUUUUCUGCGCUACAGCUUGCUUUGUCCAGGUCAUCUCUGGACAAUGCAUUGGAGCUAUCAACAACGUUGGACCUGCUUUAGCAGCUGAAGAGUUAGCCUUGGCUGGAAACUUGGCCUAUAGAGCUGGAGCAGGCUAUGGACCGUACACCAACCCUGGACUACCAAACGCUAUCCCUAGUAGCGGUGGAAGCUUUGCAGUAAGCAGCUUCUCUCCCAUCGCACCAACUGGCAUCACAGUCAUCUCGGAGAAUGCUAUCGAAGGUGCUUUAGCUGUGAACGGUGAGCUGCCGUUCUUAGGAGCCGUGGCUGUAGAGGGAGCCCUGCCAAGCGCUGGUGCUGGUGGUAUUAACUACGGCUGUGGGAACGGCGUCGUGGGUAUUGUGAGCGAAGGAGUCGCUCCUGGUCCCGCUUACCCAGCUGGAAUAGGCUACGCUAAUGCUGGAUACGGUCCUGGUAUAGCCAAUGGUAUCGUUAACCGGCAAGCUUUGGGUAUGGGUGGUUGUGGAGCUGUUUAUUAA